GGAGACGGAGGGGUUAUCAUGAGCCGCCCGUGAGAUUCAGCAGCAGCCAGAUGUAUACUUUCCAAAUGGAGGAUUCAUGUUUCACUCACAUUGGAUCGCCAGCAUCUGACCUGAUGUGUGUCAUUUCUUAGCAGCCGUGACGAGGACAGACAUUAAAGAGAGGAGAGAGGAGCACAUCGACACAAGUGUGAGGAGAAGCUCUCAGUACAGCAAACACACCGCGCAGACUGGGGACCACUUGAUUGAGCUAUGGGGUGUAGGCUUCCUAAAUUGCGGAAGGCAGAAGAGAGGCGCAGCCCGGGGAAUAUCUACUCCACCCUUCGAAGGCCUCAGGUGGAGACCAAAGUGGGCGUGUCAUACACCUACCACUUCCUGGAUUUUCUGCUGGGGAAAGAAGAGGUGCCGGUGUCAUCGGUGCUUUGUCUCUCCUCUGUCAGAGAGCUCCCCGUUCAGGUCAGGGAGCUCUACGCUCAGGGUUUUGUCCUGGUCGCUGUGCAUCCGUUUGUCCAUCCCUGUGGACCUCGUAAUGCACACAUCCAGCGCCAGCUCCACCGGGCCGUGCUGGUCCGAGAGACGCCAAGUUCAGAGAAAAGCCAACUGAGGUGGUCGAGACAUCGUCUGGAGACAGAUGUGUGUGUGGCAAGUCACCAGGCUGCCGACCCAGAAGUCAUCCAGAGCUAUGUCAAGAGGAUCCAGGACGUAGCGGAGCAAGGGGUGAUGUUUGUAGGCUUUCUGCAGCAGCCAGGCGGAGGACCCUGCUACUCUGGGAACUGGGAUCCCGACGAGCUGUCCUCCUUACAUUCAAGCCCCUCACCUAUUCACCGACAUCCUUUCAGUGCCAACAACAGCCCGACAGAUCCAACAGAACCGCCUCAUAAUGACACAGAGCCUGGGUUAGAUCAUCACACACAGGACCACGACACAAGAGACGUCAUUCCCCUGAAACCCAUCCAGAGUUCAGAGCUCGACAAAGACGAGUCCAGUGAGCAAAGUUUCAAGGGGUCACUAGAAUCAAGGAACCAACCUCAACAUCCCAGCGGUGUGGACACGGUUCAUAAACGUUUAAAUCAGAACCCAGCAGAAGCCCCAGUGAAGCCACUGUGUCCCAGCCCUCCAGAAGCUGCAGGUAUAGUCAGACAGCAAAGAGGCUGUCUACCAGAACUCAAAGAAUCCACCGAGAAGCAUUUGAACCUAUCCAAUCAGACAGACCGACAAAGCUCAAGCUCCUACAGCUGGCCCAGCUCUCCUGAACUGGAUCGGAGCAUGGAGAGGAAGUCCUCCUGCACAGAAAGGCAAAGCAGAGCGACAACGCACAACAACAACCAUAUCCGGCUCAAGGGGUCAGAGAAAGAUGAGAAUGCAGCGACACCGCCAGCGCAGGGCAGGAUGCAGCUCUUCGCCUUGUACAACCACACGGAGGAGCUGAACACUUCUCUGAGGUUCUACUCUCUCAGGGUGCCGCUGCAGGUGCAGAAGGAAGCAGGGCUGAUCACAGAUGUCGACACGAACUGGCUCGACCACAUGACUCAGCAUUUCACCAGCGGGGCACACCUCAUCGAUGGAUUUUUCCAGCUUGAAGACAAUAACGACAAUGGCGUUUCAUCAGUGGACAGUGUGUUCAUCUUCCAGAGCUCCGCGGAGGACGCCACAAACACCUCCUACGACGCCAUCGUGGUGGAGCAGUGGACUGUUGUUGAUGGAGUUGUGGUGAAGACAGACUACAUCCCCCUGCUCCAGUCUCUGGCUCCGUAUGGAUGGAGACUGAUGUGUGUGUUACCCACACCUAUAGUGAAGACCAACAGUGACGGGAGUUUGUCGACCAAGCAAAUCCUCUUCCUUCAGAGACCCGUUCUGCAGCGCAAGAGAAAAGACUUCAAGAUGCGCAACCUCAGGGGUCGCAGCAAGGCGAAGAAGAAAUCUACCAGGGAAACAGAAGAAGAGAGGGAGAACAUGUCCCCUCUGAUGGAGACGGAGAUGGACAGGUUGAGGAGGAACUCAAAGGAGGAGGAUGAAGAAGACGAAGAGGCAGAGGGGAGGAAGAGCAAGGACAGCGGAAGGAGCGAAGGUGCUGAGGAGAGGGAAGAGGAUGCACAUCAUCAAAGGGGCUUCUGGUUCUUAUCGGGGAGCAGGGCUUCUGUCGAGGAACAGGAAGAGGAAACCGACGUCGAUGAGAUCAAGCUGUCCGAGCUGGAGCAGUCGGUGAGAUGGACAGAUGUAUGCCGGAGAAGUGACAGGGGGGUCAAGGAGGAGGUGAAGACGGAGGAGAGGAUCAAGCAGCAGCUGUUUUCUGGCGUCUGUUGACACAUUGGGCACAAAGCAGGCGAGGGUGGGGGAGCUGAAGCCUGUUUAGCUGAUCAAAAACAAUGCCUUUUAAAAUAACUUUUUGUUCAUCUGAGUUUCGGUUGUUCCCCUGACAACCCAGAUGUAGUCAGUCAUUCUGUUCCUGGUCCUGAUGUGCUGUUACCUGCACUGUUGCAAGUCUUUGAGGUUGUAGAUCCCAUACUGCGGGAAGUGUUGUGCAGUCCUCUGCUUUGGGUCAGUGUUGCUAUUUGAUGUGUUCUUAUAUGAAAUAAAUCCGUGCAAGGCUAAUAGAGAACGACCUAGAGCGAGUCUCCAGUCCAGGCCUUAAUUCUCUUGUUGUAUUUUACUACUGUUCUUGUCAUAGGAACGUUAAAAAGGGAGUUUCACUGGGCUCGCUGUAUUUUUAUACAUGAAGUAUAUCAUUUUAAAUAGUCGACACAACGUAUGAUAAACCCGGUGUUGGAGCAUAACCGAUACAUCUGCAUAUAGCUCUACCGGCCUUCGAAAUUGCAUUACUGAAAUUCCUUUUUUUUUAGUUAAUUAAGAAACUUUUUCUUCCAAACGUACUGUGGUUUCGUCAACAGUAAGUUUAUCCUUUAAUUCUAAAAUAUUUCAGAACUUUAUAUUAAAAUAUUAAGGGAUCCAGAAAAAUGAACAAUUUCAUAAUGAUCAGAUUUUUAAAACUCUUUGUAUCGGUCAGACUUUUCUCCAAAUCAUCUACCACAUAAUACACAGAACACACUCCUAUGAAGACUGAUUAGUUUCUUGUCUGUUUAUUAUCCAGAGUAACAGGGAAAAUGCUUUUGAACAUUUUGAAAUGCUAAGGGAAUCAGACUUUAAAUGAUUAGAAACAAGAUGAAAGGAAAAAUGCCUUUUGUAAUUCAAGAAAACGGACCUUUUCGUUUAUUUGAAAAACAUGUGAACCUAUUUCCUGGACCGCCUGUGUCGUGUCUGAGUAGUGUGACAUGUGAGUCUUUAUAUAAAAGCGGAGGUCAAUAAAGUGUUUGAAAACA